AUGCAGUUUAUAGAAGAGUACAGCAGGAUCUCGAAACGCCUAGCCAUCAGUCGCAUAGAAGAGUACAGGAUCUCGAAACGCCUAGCCAUCAGUCGCAUAGAAGAGUACAGGAUCUUGAAACGCCUAGCCAUCAGUCGCAUAGAAGAGUACAGGAUCUUGAAACGCCUAGCCAUCAGUCGCAUAGAAGAGUACAGGAUCUUGAAACGCCUAGCCAUCAGUCGCAUAGAAGAGUACAGGAUCUUGAAACGCCUAGCCAUCAGUCGCAUAGAAGAGUACAGGAUCUUGAAACGCCUAGCCAUCAGUCGCAUAGAAGAGUACAGGAUCUUGAAACGCCUAGCCAUCAGUCGCAUAGAAGAGUACAGGAUCUUGAAACGCCUAGCCAUCAGUCGCAUAGAAGAGUACAGGAUCUCGAAACGCCUAGCCAUCAGUCGCAUAGAAGAGUACAGGAUCUCGAAACGCCUAGCCAUCAGUCGCAUAGAAGAGUACAGGAUCUCGAAACGCCUAGCCAUCAGUCGCAUAGAAGAGUACAGGAUCUCGAAACGCCUAGCCAUCAGUCGCAUAGAAGAAUACAGGAUCUCGAAACGCCUAGCCAUCAGUCGCAUAGAAGAAUACAGGAUCUCGAAACGCCUAGCCAUCAGUCGCAUAGAAGAGUACAGGAUCUCGAAACGCCUAGCCAUCAGUCGCAUAGAAGAAUACAGGAUCUCGAAACGCCUAGCCAUCAGUCGCAUAGAAGAAUACAGGAUCUCGAAACGCCUAGCCAUCAGUCGCAUAGGCGCAUAG